UUUUAUUGUAAGUCCAGUCAGUGUUCGACAAUCGACCAAGUGUGAUGUGCGUUUGUUUUGACAUAAUAUAUUUUGAUUUGUGUUCGCGUUAUCUUUUUGUGUGUUUGUGAUUAAGAUCGUUUUGUUGAGAUCUAUUGAUAGACACAGAGAGAGAUGACGUCUAGCUGCAGCAAAGAAAACCUGUUACAGCCUUCAACGUUGCAGGAAGCCAUUAAUGUAAUCAAGUUUCUAACCACGUCUCAUAAGCAAGAAAUUGCGAAGCUAAAGGAUUCCAAUACAAAACAAAGCGACACUAUUAAAAAGCUUGAAGAAACAAGAAAAAAGGAAUUAGAAUUUUUAUCAAAAGAGCUUGAAAAUUACGAACUUAACCUAGCCAUAAGGACAGAAGCAGUUAAUAGACAACUCGCCCAGAAGGAUGAAAUCAUCAAAAAACAAGAAGAAAUAAUUGAAGAUUUGACAAAUAAAUUGAAGAUUAAAGAAGCUUUAAGUGUACCAGAAAUUUCAAUUAAUGUCGAAUCGAACUCUGACUCCGGAAUUGCUUUGGAUAACGAUGACACUUCAAACAAGGCUAAAGAUAAUAAAACUCCUGCGAAAGCCACAAGAAAAGGCAGCAGAAGGUUCGCAGAUUCAAUCAGUUUUCUGCGAAGAGUAGAUUUCUCACCCAUGAAAUAUAAACCUUGUAAUCGAGAAGGCACUAAAAAGAAAGAUGAAAAGAAGAAAACAUUAGAAGUUCCUCACACAGAAUCUAGAGUUCUCGUUCGCCAGUUUAGUUCUGAAAAGGCCACAAGUGACGAAGACAGACAACUCUCUGAAGACAUUGACGCAACGCUUUCAGAUGAUACCAUGACCUCUAUAGUUAUAAGACCAAAGAAAUUAGACGAAAGUAUGAACAAUCACUUCUCAGACGACGGCAGUGAGGACACCAGUGAAGAACUCUUCGACAGAGUCAUGAUAAGGAGUAGCGUAAGAAGAUCAGUCAAAGCAAAUCCGAAAUACAAAAAGAUUAAUCGAACGAAAUCGAAACUGCUAGAACAAAUGAAAAUUAAUAUCGUUGAUUAAAAUAUUAAUCAUAGUUGCAAUUUCGAUGUUGGUUAUUUAUUUAAACGUAUUUAUUUUGAUCGCUUUUCAAUUUAAUUGAAUUGGGAUUGCAUUAAACAGCAUUUAUGAGAGCGA